AUGACAGAUGUUACGGCGUCAGGCGCCAGCGGCGGCUCCGACUCGCUCGCGGACGAACUGCGGGCCGCGCAGCUGCAGGCGGCGCAGCUGCAGGCCGCGGCGCAGAAGGCCGCGGAGCAGGCCGAGCGCGACCCGUGGGCGCGGCGGCACGGCGCAGCAGGCGCAGCAGCAGGAGCGCACGACUGCCCGAAGGAGCCGGAGCCGGAGCCGCAGCAGAUGAGGCUGGGCUGCGGCGGCUGGGCCGCUGAGCCGCGGGGGGGGUGCGACGGGCGGGCGGGCCCCCGCGCGAGCAGAGCGGGGAGACCGCGCGCCAGUGUUUCAAGGCUGCGCGUGGCCCUCCGGAGCGCUCGGCCCAUGUCGCAGGACAUACAAUAG